UGGUCUUAAGGUAAGUUAUUUCCUGUUUUACGUUGUUUUUAUUGCUGUGGUAAUUUUUUAGUUUGUUUGAUCCCUUUUAGCUGUCGGUGCCUCCAACAUGUCGGCUGCUCGUGCCGGCAUGCGGAGGCACCACAGCACUAGGUUCCUUUUUUUAGAAAAAGAUGGAAAGUUAAUGGAAAUGUCAAGGUUGGAUUUUUCGAGGAAACUUAUGCAAAAACUUCUAGGUUUUAAUCCUGCUGAUUUAAAUUGCAUUCUAACCCUGCCUUUUAACAAAGGCUUCGAUGUGAGUUUUAAAAAUGCAGCACUGUUAAAUGAGUUCUGGCAGCGCUUUGACACACACAAGACCCAGUUUUCCAUGUUUAAAGUUGAGAAACUAACUGAUAACACACAAAAAAUGGUUAUCGUUAGAAUGUUCAAUGAGACUGUGAAUGGAGAAGACAUUUGCACAUGGCUGGGUAGAUUUUGCACUGUAAGGGGCCAGGCUAUGAAGGUUUAUGAUGAAGACGGUAUUUGGAAUUGUUCCUGGAGGGUCCCCAUUAAGCAAUGGGAAGACCCACAGGGCUUCCAAGGUCUGAGGCAUUUACCACAAAUGAUAGUUCUGGGAGAAAACAGGGGCUACAUCCACUACCAGGGAAUGCCCAAACUCUGCCGGCGAUGUGGGGAGUUUGGGCAUCUUGUUGAAGCAUGCCAGAAACUCUUUUGUAACAAGUGUAGAGAAAUUGGACAUUCCUUUGAAGAAUGUCCAAAUGGCAGAAAGUGUAAUCUUUGUGGAGACUUGUCUCAUCUCUACAGAGAUUGCCCCAAAUCGUUUGCCAACAAAGUAAAAUCAGACAAAAUGGCGGUUGAGGAGCGAGUACAACAGGCCAAUGAGGAGGUGGAGCUAAAUUCAAAUCUCCCGCCAAACCCUGGGGUUGGUGGAGAGAAAAUUGAUAACAGAGGUAAGGAGAGAGGGGGGGCGGAGCAAACUUCAAAUUUCCCGCCAAACCACACUAUUGGAGCAGACGGAAAUGAGGAGAUGGAACUCCACCAAUCCCUAAUAGAGAAAGAAAAGGAGUCAAAUGAACAGAGCAAGGAGGAGGAUAGUGAACAAGAACAGGAAAAGGUAGUGGAGGAGAAACAAGAGAUAGAGGUGUGACGACAGGUGGAGGGAUAUGGAAACUGAACUGCUCCCUGCUGGAAGACCCAGAGAUCACAACAUACUACAGGGAGCAGUACAGCCAAUGGCAGACUUUACUAGACUUUUAUGAUUCACGAGCACAGUGGUGGGAGAUGGUAAAGGCAAAGACCAAGACUUUUUUUAGAUGGGCAGGGAAAAAGAAAAAAUUAAAAGAAAAAAGACGAAUGGUGGGACUGCAAAAGAGGCUACAACGUUACUUUUAUCUUCUUAGCCAGGGUUUUGAUUUUAACGAAGAAAUUAAGGAAGUUAAGAAAGACAUGUCAGAAUUAGCGGAGGUUAAAAGUAGAGGUGUUCUCUUCAGGAGUAAAGAAAGGGAAAUAGAGGAAGGCGAGAAAUGCAGCAGAUACUUUUUUAAGAAAGUUAUUGAUGGAGGUAGAGCAAUAUUUAAAUUAAGAAAUAAAGAAGGAGAAACAAUGACAGACACAAAGGAUAUUUUAUCAGUAAUAGAAAGCUUUUAUGAAGAACUCUAUGAAGAAAAGGCAAGUGACAACAGCAUUUUGAGCGAAAUUUUAACAAGCAUAGAGAAAACAAUAAAUGGAAAUACCAGUCUGACAAAGGAUUUUAACAUUUCUGAGAUAGACAAAAGUAUUCAAAAAUUCAAAAAAGGGAAAACUCCUGGAGUUGAUGGACUCCCUCUUGAAUUUUAUUUGACCUUUUGGGACAUUUUAAGACAAGACUUACUGGCUGUUUUUAAUGACUUUGACAAGAUCGACCAGCUCCCUGACAGUUUUAGGAUAGGAAUAAUGACCCUACUACACAAAAAAGAUGACAAGACAGAUUUAAAAAACUGGCGUCCUAUAACCCUUUUAAACUUUGAUUGUAAACUUUUUAGUAAACUUUUAACAACACGAAUGUCAACAGUUUUAGCAGAUCUG